AUGAUUGUAUUAGUGCUUAGUAUAGUUUUUAUAGGUUUAAGUAGUGCUCAGUUGGUUCAAAAUUUGAAGUGUGAUCCAGAUAUUAAUUUAGAGCCUAAUUUCGACGUGUCAAAAUUUCUCGGAAAAUGGCACGUGGUGCGUCGAACGGAAAGGCCCGGACAUCCUAUUCAUUGUUCACACUUAGAACUUGUGAAUGUCAACGAUGAGAUCUCACUGCACGACAGGGUUGUCAAUCAAAACUUUCUAGAAGAAGUGAAGAGCCCAGCAGCCCACCAUGAAGGCACAGCAAAGCUAACAAUCGAUCGGUCAGAUCCCACUAAACCUAAAGACUUUUGGAUUUUGAGAACAGAUUAUACAAGCUUCGCGAUUGCUUUCGCAUGCGAAGAUAAUGGUUCAACAAGAAAUGUUACAAUAUGGCAGUUGGGAAGAGAAACGUACUUUCCCACAGGCAUGAUAGAAGCUUUGAUGAACCAAUCUUUGUUCAAUUCGUUUGGCAUCACAAGAGACCACCUCACGCCUGUAGACCAUUCGGAGACUGCAUGCAAGACUCUGCCCGAAAUCCCACCAGGACAGAAUGUCAUAUUACCCGGUCAAUGUGAUGAGAAUAUCGCUGUGGUUCAGAACUUCAACGUUUCCGGGUUCAUGGGAGAAUGGUUCGGAAUAUCAAGUUACUUCUCUGCAAACCAGCUGGGCGAAUGCGGUCGAGCCAAAUACACACUAACUGACAGUGGCGUCGUCGUUGAGAAUAGCCAAGUGGCCAAUCAAAUGCUAGAAGUAAUAAAGGGCAGAGCCGUUGUCAGUUCCACAGACAACAGUGCUAAGCUCCUGGUGACACUAGAGAUAAGACCUGGAAGUGAGCCCAAGAAGUAUAAUAAUAAUUACGCGAUCUCUUAUAACUGCAACAAUCUGCCUAAUAAUCAAAAACAAGUAAACGCCUGGAUCCUAAGCAGAACACGUCAAUUGACAAAUGAAGCGCAAAUUGCGGUUGAUGAAGUAAUAAAUCGCGAACCCGAUUUGAACAAGCGUUUUUUUAUCGUUGAUAACCAGACCGAUGAGAGUUGCUUCUAUUAUCCUGAGCCAGCACCAAAAACGCCGGUCAUCUUUCGUGGACAAUGCGAUGUUAACAUACCAGUAAUGAAGAAUUUUAAUGCUACUGCGUACAUGGGUCUCUGGCACAACAUUCAGUCCUACCCUUCGAUAUCUCAAGCAGGCAGUUGUAAUAACGCACGCUACACGCUGAAAGAUGGAUUUGUCGACGUUUUCAACACUCAAGUCGUGGGUGAACAACUCUUAAGCAUCAACGGCGUGGCCAGGGUGGCUUCUGCCGAUGGAAGUGCCAAGCUCACAGUCAACUUUCCCAUAGCUGGUACAGACUCAGUUUCUACGGCAAAUUACUGGGUUCUGGACACUGAUUACGAAUCAUACGCCUUGGUGUACAGCUGCGUGAAUAUUGAUGAUGAAAUACAACAAGUUACGAGUUGGAAGCUAAGUCGGACUAAAGAGUUAUCUGCUGAAGGUUCUACAGCUAUAAACGCCAUUAUACAGAGUAUUCGAGUUCUUGAUCAACGUUAUUUUGAGGACAAUGACCAGAGUCCGGAAGGAUGUUUCUAUUUCCCAGAUCCGCAGCCCGGUGUACCUGUGGUUUUCCCUGGACAAUGUGACGUGAACAUCCAAGCUGUGUCAUCAUUCAAUAUGACAGAGUUCCAAGGAAUAUGGCACGAAAUUGAAGCUUAUCCCAAAGAACAGCAGACUGGGCAUUGCGUUAAUCACGAAUACACCCUGGGCACUGGAAACGCAUUAAACCUCAUAUCUGCAAGUGUUCUUGACCAAAUUCGCGACACAACCAAUAGUCAAGUUACAUUCACUUCCGCCCAAGAUACUAGUGGAAGAUUGACAAUAACCCUUACAUCUGGUGGAUCUGUAAUCAAUAUACCAUUUUGGAUUAUUGAAACGGAUUACACCAGCUAUGCUUUGGCCUAUAGCUGCCUGAACAUUGACAAUGACUACAGAAAAGUUUUCAGUUGGAAGCUCAGUAGAACUCAACAAUUGACAAGUGGAGCUCUCUUGGCUAUUGACGAAGCCAUGCAAAACAUAGAUGUACUACAACAUAAAUACUUUGAGACGAUCAAACAAACAGAUGACGCUUGCUUCUACCUACCAGAUCCAGUGCCUGGACUACCAGUAACUUUCUCAGGGAAAUGUGAUGAGAGUUUACCUGUGGUACAGAAUUUCGAUGCACCGAGGUACCUUGGACGCUGGCGAAGAAUUUCAAGUUACCCAGAACCUUUCCAAAUUGGCAAAUGUAAUGAGGCCACAUACUCCCUCAACGCUGACGGUUCAACUGUCGAUGUCUACAACACACAAGUUAUAAAUGGGGAACUGGAUACUAUUAAUGGCACAGCGAUUAUAGCUUCAAAUGAUGGCAGCGCUAAGCUUUGGGUUAAUUUCCCUAGCACCCCAGAGCCUGCCCCUUAUUGGGUUCUUGAUACAGACUACGAUUCAUAUGCAUUGGUCUACAGUUGCAGGGACUUACCAAAUAAUCGACGAAGAGUUACAAGCUGGAAACUUAGCAGAACAGCACAACUGACUGCAGCAGCAGCGGAAAAGAUAAACCAAGUAGUCAAUAGUAUCAAUGUAUUAAAUGACCGCUACUUCGAAAUUGACGACCAAUCUGACCAAGCUUGCUUCUAUUUACCACCGCCUGGUCCCAGCACACCCAUCUUCCGAGGUCAAUGCGAUUUGAAUAUUCCUGCUCUUAGUAACUUCAACGCUGCAGCGUAUUUGGGCCAAUGGUACGAUAUCGCGUCCUAUAACACUGCAUUCCAACAAGGCACUUGUAAUAGCGCUUACUAUAGCUUAGGAGAUGGUGUUGUCGAUGUUUUCAACACCCAAGUGGUCAAUCAAAGAUUAGACACCAUGACCGGAGUCGCAAGGGUAGUAAGUGACGAUGGUAGUGCUAAACUAUCCGUUACUUUCCCUGUUGCUGGAACUAAUGAAAAUAUCACAACGCCAUAUUGGGUUCUCGCGACGGAUUACACAUCGUAUUCCCUUGUGUACACCUGUGUGAAUAUCGACGCUGAAAGACAACAAGUAUGGUCUUGGAAGCUCGGCAGAGAGAAACAACUAACAAAUGUAGCAGAGACAGCUAUCAACAGAGUCAUUUCUAACGUACCAGUACUCGAUGAUAGGUACUAUGUCAAAAGGGAUCAUAGCAAUCAAGGGUGUUUCUAUUACCCUGAGCCCGAAGCAGGAAUACCUGUUGAGUUCCCUGGACAAUGUGAUCCUGGAAUACAAGCUGCUACCAACUUUAAUAUGACCGCGUUUCAAGGAAUAUGGCAUGAAAUUGAAGCAUAUCCUAAAGAACAGCAGACUGGGCAUUGUGUUAAUCACGAAUACACCCUGGGCACUGGAAACGCAUUAAACCUCAUAUCUACAAGUGUUCUAGACCAAAUUCGUGGCAUAACCAAUAGUCAAGUUACAUUCACUUCCGCCCAAGAUACUAGUGGAAGAUUGACAAUAACUCUUACAUCUGGUGGAUCUGUAAUCACCAUACCCUUUUGGGUUAUUAAAACGGAUUACACCAGCUUCGCUUUGGCCUAUAGCUGCGUGAACAUUAACAAUAACUACAGAAGAGUUUUCAGUUGGAAGCUCAGUAGAACUCAACAAUUGACAAGUGGAGCUCUCUUGGCUAUUGACGAAGCCAUGCAAAACAUAGAUGUACUACAACAUAAAUACUUUGAGACGAUCAAACAAACAGAUGACGCUUGCUUCUACCUACCAGAUCCAGUGCCUGGACUACCUGUAACUUUCCCAGGAAAAUGUGAUGAGAGUAUAUCUGUGGUACAGAAUUUCGAUGCACCGAGAUACCUUGGACGUUGGCGAAGAAUUUCAAGUUACCCAGAACCAUUCCAAAUCGGCAAGUGUAACGAGGCCACAUACUCCCUCAACGCUGACGGUUCAACUGUCGAUGUCUACAACACACAAGUCAUAAAUGGGGAACUUGAUACUAUUAAUGGCACAGCGAUUAUAGCUUCAAAUGAUGGCAGCGCUAAGCUUUGGGUUAAUUUCCCCAACACCCCUGAGCCUGCACCAUACUGGGUCCUUGAUACAGACUACGAUUCAUAUGCAUUGGUCUACAGUUGCAGGGACUUACCAAAUAGUAGACGAAGAGGUGCCUGGAAGCUAAGUAGAACAGCACAACUGACUGCAGCAGCAGCGGAAAAGAUAAACCAAGUAGUCAAUAGUAUCAAUGUAUUGAAUGACCGCUACUUCGAAAUUGACGACCAAUCUGACCAAGCUUGCUUCUAUUUACCACCGCCUGGUCCCAGCACACCCAUCUUCCGAGGUCAAUGUGAUUUGAAUAUUCCUGCUCUUAGUAACUUCAACGCUGCAGCGUAUUUGGGCCAAUGGUACGAUAUCGCCUCGUAUAACACUGCAUUCCAACAAGGCACUUGUAAUAGCGCUUACUAUAGCUUAGGAGAUGGUGUUGUCGAUGUUUUCAACACCCAAGUGGUCAAUCAAAGAUUAGACACCAUGACCGGAGUCGCAAGGGUAGUAAGUGACGAUGGUAGUGCUAAACUAUCCGUUACUUUCCCUGUUGCUGGAACUAAUGCAACUAUCACAACGCCAUACUGGGUUCUCGCGACGGACUACACAUCGUAUUCCCUUGUGUACACCUGUGUGAAUAUCGACGCUGAAAGACGACAAGUCUGGUCUUGGAAGCUCGGUAGAGAAAAACAACUAACAAAUGCAGCAGUGACAGCUAUCAACAGAGUCAUUGCUAAUGUACCAGUGCUGGAUGAUAGAUACUAUGAAACAAGGGAUCAUAGCAAUCAAGGCUGUUUCUAUUACCCUGAGCCCGAAGCUGGAAAACCUGUUGUGUUCCCUGGUCAAUGUGAUCCUGGGAUACAAGCUGCAGCCAACUUUAAUAUGACCGCUUUCCAAGGAAUUUGGCAUGAAAUCGAAACUUAUCCGAAAGAGCAACAAUCUGGUCAAUGCAUAAACCAUCGAUACACUUUGGGAACUGCUAACUAUUUGAACCUUGUAUCGUCUAAUGUUAUUGAUGAAAUUCUCGGAGUCACUAACAGUAGAGUGACGUUUGCGUCAGCACAAGAUUCUUCUGGAAGGCUUGUUAUCAACCUAACGUCUGGGGGAACAACAAUAACAAUUCCAUUUUGGAUUUUGAGCAUAGACUACGAAGAUUAUGCUUUAGCGUACAGCUGCGUCAACCGUAACGCGAAUCAGCGAGCUGUUUUCAGCUGGAAGUUAAGCAGAUCAAAAGUAUUGUCGACUGCAGGAAGUAUAGCAAUAAACAAUAAAAUAUCGGAGAUCGAUGUUUUGGAUAACAUUUAUUAUGAAAACGUCGACCAAUCCGACAAAGCUUGUUUCUCCUUACCCGAGCUAUCUCCGGGGCAACCAGCUAUAUUUGACGGACAGUGCGAUAGAAAUAUUCCAGUCAUUCAAAAUUUCAAUGCCGUUAGGUAUCUUGGGCGCUGGCGUAUGAUUGAGACAUAUCCAUCUGACUUCCAAAGUCUAAUAAGUGGUUGUAACGAAGCUAAUUACGCGCUUGGACCUAACAGCGUCGUUGAUGUUUAUAACACUGAAGUAAUUAACCAAAGACUUGAAACUAUUAAUGGUACUGCGGUGAUAGACGGAACUGACGGGAGUGGAAAACUUCUUGUCAAUUUCCCUGGUGCUCCUACUCCAUCGGAAUAUUGGAUUUUGGAUACAGACUACGACUCCUAUGCCUUGGUAUAUAGCUGCCUAAACAUAAAUAACCAACAGCGAAGAGUGUGGUCUUGGAAGCUUAGUAGAACAACAGAACUUACGUCUGCAGCUACAGCCAAAAUAGACGCAAUUGUUGAUUCCAUUAACGUCCUAAACAAACGUUUCUACAUGAAAAUUGACCAUUCUGACAGCAGCUGCUUUUAUUAUCCCACUCCUGAUGGCAAUCCUGUGGAAUUCAGGGGGCAGUGCGAUCAAAACUUACCUGUGGUUACUAAUUUCAAUGCAGUAGAAUACCAGGGUUUGUGGCAUAACAUAGAAUCAUAUCCCACACAAAACGCCCGUGGCACUUGCGGUAACGCUCGCUAUACACUACGCGAUGGUGUCGUAGAAGUCUUUAACACACAAGUAAUAGAUCAAAAACUUGACACAAUCAGUGGUACAGCGUCAUUGGUAGCAACGACUGAUGGAUCUGCUAAGCUAAUCGUAAGAUUCCCAGCUGGACCAUCAUUUACUGAAGCACCAUACUGGGUCCUGGAUACGGAUUACAGAACAUAUUCGCUUGUAUAUACAUGUAUCAAUAUCAGCACGGAGCGAAGACGAGGUGUUCCUGUCGUAUUCCGUGGACAGUGCGACAACAGUAUUCAGGCUGUGGCUAACUUCAACAUGACUGCAUUCCAAGGAAAAUGGCAUGAAGUUGAAGCCUAUCCUAAAGAACAACAAACUGGACAAUGUAUUAACCAUGAGUAUACUUUGGGAUCAGGCAAUGCAUUGGAUCUUGUAUCCUCUAGCAUUUCCGAACAAAUUCGUGACUUCACCAAUAGCCGUGUGACAUUUGCAUCUGCUCAAGAAACUAGCGGAAGAUUGACCAUUACACUUAACACUGGAGGAUCAACCACUACAAUUCCAUUCUGGGUUCUUAGCACUGAUUAUGAAGACCAUGCAUUAGCUUACAGCUGUGUUGAUCUGGAUCAAAACUCAAGAGCAGUUUACAGUUGGAAAUUGAGCAGAACGCAAAAACUUUCGUCAGCGGCUGUUAUUGCUAUGGAAAAUAAAAUAAAAGAGAUUAAUGUUUUGGAUAAUAAGUAUUAUGAAAACAUUGACCAGUCUGACAAAGCUUGUUUCUACUUACCUGAUCUUAUGCCUGGUGAACCUGCAGAGUUUGUUGGGCAAUGUGACGAAAACUUAGCAGUUGUACAGAACUUUAACGCACAAGCGUACGAGGGUCGCUGGCGUAUGAUAGAAACCUACCCAUCAGAUUUCCAAAGCUUGCAAGCUGGUUGUCUCGAAGCUACGUACACACUGACACCUGGUGGCAUAGUUCAGGUUUAUAACACUGAGGUUGUGAAUCAACGACUCGAUACUAUUAACGGUACCGCAGUUUUGGCUUCAACAGAUGGCAGUGCCAAACUUCUUGUUAAUUUCCCCGGCAGUCCAGAACCGGCUACUUACUGGGUACUCGAUACAGAUUACACUUCGUACGCUCUCGUGUACAGUUGUCGUAAUAUCGGCAAUCAGCGUCGCAGAGUAUGGACAUGGAAACUCAGCCGUACCAGAGAGCUGACUGAAAAUGCAAAAACCAAAAUCAACCAGACAGUCAACGCUGUGGACGUACUAAACGAAAAGUUCUACAUAAGCAUAGAGCAUUCCGACGCCUCGUGCUUCUAUUACCCGAUUCCUGAUGGCAACCCUGUGGUGUUCAGAGGCCAGUGCGAUCAGAGCAUUCCAGUGGUCAUGGACUUUAAUGCUGCAGCGUACAUGGGAACAUGGUACGAUGUCGAAGGGUACCCAGUUCAAUUCCAAGAUGGCACCUGCCCAAGUGCUACUUAUUCUCUGACGUCGACUGGCGUGGAUGUUUAUAACACCCAAGUUGUCGACUCUUGGCUAGACAUUAUUCGAGGAUCUGCUGUGUUGGCCACUAGCGAUGGAUCGGCUAAAUUGACGGUGACAUUCCCUAUCGCUGGAACUAAUUUAACUACCUCCACACCUUACUGGGUCCUAGGCACUGAUUAUAGCAACUACGCUCUGGUCUACACUUGCAUUAACAUCGACUCGGAACGACAUAGAGUUGCCAGCUGGAAGCUAAGCAGAGCUAAAACACUCAAUGCAGGAUCGAAAACAGAAAUUGAUAAUUUAAUCAGCACCGUUCCAGUCCUUAGACAAGAUUAUUACGUCCUCAGAGGGCACACUGAAGAGAAUUGCUUCCAUUACCCAAAUAACGAGGGAGGUCCUGUUAUACAGAAAGGACAAUGUGAAUUAAGUGGAAUAAAUGUCACAGAAAAGUUUAACAUCACCGCGUUUACAGGGUCUUGGUACGAAAUCUCGCGCUUCCCUUCAGAAAUCCAAGAUGGCGAAUGUGUCUCCAGUGAAUUUAGUAUCGACAAUCAGAAGAUACAAAUGCGUAAAAGCAUCGUAUCCAAUGAGGAAAAGACAACUUCGACUGGACCGGCUACGCUGUCUCCUGAUGGAAGAGGAAUUAUGACAGUCACGCUUACUGAUCCUGUUGCUGGAGGAAUCUUCGAAAUGACCUUCCAUGUGUUGGACGUUGUGUACGACGAUUUCGCAUUAUUGUACGGCUGCCAAAACAUCGACGGGACAAACAAACAAAUCUACAGUUGGAAACUAAGCAGAUCACAGGCUGGCUUAUCAGAAACUGCAGUUGCGAGAAUAACACAAAUCGUCAGAGAUACACAACCGCUGUUUGAACGUUAUUUCGAGAACACAGAUCAAACUCCUAAUGGUUGUUUCCAUUAUCCAUCAUUUGAUGAUUUACCUCCAACUAUCGAACUGGUAGGACAUUGUGAUACAAGGAUUACCGGUAAAGCCAACUUUGACGUUGAAGCUUAUCUCGGGAAAUGGAACGAAAUUGCCAGCUACCCUCAACCCUUCCAAAACGGAGAGUGUGCUCGGGCACAAUACAAACUUGGUAGUGAUGGAGUCGACGUGAUCAACACCCAAGUUGUCGACAAGCAACUGGACGUACAAAUGGCAACCGCAGUGGUCGCUUCGGACGAUGGCAGCGGGGUUUUGGAGGUCACCUUCAAGUUCCCUAAUGGAGUUGUAAACGUCGUAAACUACUACAUAAUCGAAACUGAUUACACAAGCUUUGCUCUGGUCUACAGUUGUCGUAACUUAACUAGCGGUUCAAGACAAGUCACCAGUUGGAAAUUGAGUCGUGGAACAACUCUAUCCGAUGAAGCACUUCUGAUCAUUGACGAAGCUAUCAAUAGCACUCAGGGUCUUAGACAAGAUUACUACCAACCCACCAGCCAAACUGAAGAAGCAUGCUUUUAUAUACCGGAAGUCAAUAAAAACGAGGCUCCAUUGUUUAGAGGACAGUGCGGAAAUAUUAGCGGUGUACAAGGAUUUGAUAUUCAAAAAUACCUCGGCUGGUGGCACGAGAUUGAAAGCUAUCCAACAGACAAUAGCAGAGGAAGUUGUGUUAGCUCUGAGUUCGAGCAUAUUAACGGAGAAUAUCAUGUAGUAGAUACGAACAUCUUCAACAACAUCGCGCAAGUGAACUCCAGUGUAGUCACUGUUACCAAUGACGGGAGAUUAACGAAGGCCUACAGCAAUGGAGAAAGUAUCGAUAUCUGGGUACUGGCAACAGAUUACGAAACUUAUUCUCUUCUUUACUUUUGUCAGAAUGUUGACAGUCAAAAUAUGCGCGUAUGGAGUGCAAAGCACAGCAAAACUCGUCAGCUAACGCCAGCUGCGCAAGAAGCGAUGGCCAAUUACAUUGUAUCCACACGUGCCUUGGAAACUCAGUUCUAUCAAGUCGUAGACCAGACUGACAGCGCCUGCUUCCACUAUCCCGAGAGAUCUGGGAACCAGAUCAUAAUACCUGGACAGUGUGAUCUUAAUAUACCAGUGGUCCAGAAAUUUGACGUACCCGAGUAUUCAGGUACGUGGUACCAAAUUGAACGGUACACACAAGUGCACGAAAAUGGAACCUGCACAGGCGCUCGGUAUACCUUGGACAAAAAGACGGGCAUUGUCACUGUAUUGAACUGGCAAGUCAUCGGUGACGUAUUGGAUACUGUCGAAGGAACUGCAACUGUGAACUCUACUGAUGGCAGCGCCAAACUUAUUGUUAAACUGCCGAUACGAUUUACUGAGGAAGCAGAACCUAUUAUGGUGUCGACGGAGUUGUACAUUCUCACGACAGAUUAUAUAACACACUCUCUCGCCUACAGCUGUGUUAAUGUCAACCCAUAUCGACGAGCUGUGGGGGUAUGGAAGCUUAGUCGAACCCGUACGUUGACUGAAGAGAGUAAAUCCGCUAUCGACGAGUACAUAGCUACAAGGAAAGAACUCCACCAGCCGUACUUUGAUACGGUCGAGCAAAAUGACGAUUGCGAUGAACCCAGUUCCGCGAUCUUAGUUAAAAGCAGUAUUAUUAUUAUGUUAGUCUGCAGUAUUCUACAAUUCGUAUUAUAA